UCCAGAACAGUAAUACAGCUGCCAGGAGCUGCAGCUGGCCAAUGCCACUGGCUUGGUGCUGGGGACAGGAGUGGGCUGUGCUCCUUCUUGCAGGUGACUUUAAGGGGUGGGAGAGGGGAUUGCAGGUUGGAUUCAUUUAGUGUUGGAAGGCACAGGCAUCAGAGCUUGUCCUGCCUGUGACUAUGACUGCUCUCCUGGGGGCUCCCUGCCAGCAGGAUGAUUUCCCACCAAGGUCGGGAAGCAGCAAUUGGGCUGGGUGCGGCCCUGACAAAGGCAGGUGUCCAGCCAAGUGACCUUCUCACCACAGUGUCCUGGAAAAGGAAAUGGUUUAGGAAGCCAGGGACCGAGGCUGUGACCAGCUCUCAUACCUGCCAAGUCCCAGCUGGAGGAGUGUAACCCCUUAGGCAAACCCUGGUGAUGCCACCAGGCUCCCAGAGCCACAGGAUGUGUUGGAGACUCCCAUCUGGAGGCAUGGGAAGGCUACUCCAGGGGAGUGACUGGUGUGUCAGACCUCCCAGCUUCUACAAGAGGUGGGUUGUUGCUAGCACCAAUGGGGCACCAGAGAAGCACCUGUCCAGCCCUCCCUGAUGGCUGCAGGUUUCAAGGAGAUGCUGAAGUGGCUCAAAUCCUCCUUCCAUCCCUCCUCUCUUCCCAGCAUUUCAGAGCAGGGCCACCAUUGCCCUAGGGAUAGCCCAUGCCCUGUCCUGGCCUUGGGAGGGCUGAGGCGGAAAAGAGCACAGAGCCUGGGACCAGGGCAUACAAGGACGUUCAGGUCAGCUGAGACAAGGAGUCUUGUUCAGAGAUAUCCCUGGAAGAGCCACGUCACUGCUGAGAUGGGACACAGCCUGCGUCACAGCUCUCUCCCAUGUAUGUUUUGUCACACCCAGCCAUGGCCUCGGACAGCAGUCACGGCGCUCAGUCCUGCCAUCUGGCUGGUCUGCAUCACCCCCAUCCUGCCACAUGCAGGCACCUUCAGGGACAGAUGUCACAGCAGGUCCUGGCUCGGCUCAGCAGGGUUUACUCCAGACCAGACAAGGCACCUGGGGCCACUCCAGCCCCAGGGAUGCAGGAGCACAGGCAGUGCUCUGGAAGGCAUCAAGCCAGGCAGUGGCAGCAGCAGUCAGGGAGCAGGUCACCCCUCUGUCGGGAGAUUUGUGGGGCUGGAACCCUGCCCUGCAACCCAGUACCCUGUGCAGCCUCACCCCAGGGCAGAGCCAAUACUCAUGGGAGCCCAAGAGGAGAGAGCAGUGCUGGAUUGAGGCACAUAGCUGGGAUAUGCCAUCCCCUGCCACCACAAUUGUGGAGGAGGUGCUGCUGGUAGGACAUUAGUAGGGCUGACAGCAGCUGCAGAACUGUCUCCCAGAGCAAGAAGAGGGAGCCAGUGCCUUCAGGUGUUUGGGAUAGCAGCCUUGAAGGGGGUACACCUGGAAGAGGACAGAGGCCAGGCUUAGCACAACCACUCCUUCCACAUCACCAGGGGCACUGUAUGGAGUCUCCUGGAUACCCUGUGCCAUACCCCACAUAGCCCUCUGCAUACAACCAGCAUGUCAUCCUCAGAACUUCCUGGCUGUGUCCUGGGGACAUGAAGACCUGCCCAACCUGUAGGGAAGGUGGGAGGGGAUGGGGUAACCCCUCUGCUGAGCCAGCACCUGAGGCUGUCUCAAAGACCUGAGGGUUAACAGUGGGGGAGGCAACCCUUCCCUUCAUUGGCAGCCCUCUCUUCCUGGGUAGCUUCCCUAGUAUGGGCAACGGUGUAGCCAGACCCAGCUCCAUGGGAACAGCCAGGCAACCCGCAACAGGACAUGGCACUCACAUUGAAAUUUUUCAAGCAGGCAGCUGCAUUAGUCUGUGGCCCUGCAAAGCAGAGGAUCCUGUUCCCUGUCACUCACCCCCAGCUACCGCAGGGAUGCACCAGGGCCUCCAAAACUCUGCUGGGCCAAGGCAUCCACAGGCAUUGCCUCCAAUGCCCUUGAGGACAUCCCAGACAGGAGCAGCCUCAGGCCGCGGCUGUGGAGCACCAGUCCCACGGCAGAGCCCAGGCUCCCACGCAGUCCCACUAGCAGGGAGCCACCCACAGCCACAGACUAGGUCAAGAUGCUGUGCCAGGACAGGAGUGGGGGUGAAAAGGGGGGAGCCGGGGCCACACGGUGCCGCUGCAGGGCAGGUGCAGCGGCAGCUCCGGGCCGCGUGCCACCUCCGCUGUCCCUGCUGGCGGUGGCACGGACGGCUUAGCGGGCGCCGCCUGUGCCCGCACACUCCCUGGCAGGUGAUGUCGCAGGAGGACGCGGGAGUCACCCGCGCGCUGGAUAAUCCGAGGAGAUGAGAGCAGGCGAGGCGGCGGCUCCGCAGGUGGCUGCAGGAGCCUUGCGCGGGAGCGCGGGGCCCAGGCUGCCGGGCGGCGGGGCGGAGGUUAAAGCCACGCGGGUGGCCCGGGUCGGGCGACCUGGGGACCGGCAUGCAGCCGUGGCACAGCCGGCGACCGAGCCGCUGGCCCCGCUCCAGCCGAGGAGUUGCAUAAGGCCGGGGAGUCGCGCCGAGGCGGCGGAGCGCCGCCGGGGCAGGUGACACGGCCGGCGGCACCGCGGGGCGCGCAGCCCGCCCGGGCGCCCUCGGACCCCGCGGCCAUGAGCGCCGGACCCGGGGGGCUCGCCCGGCCCGGGGCGCGUCCCGGCCAUCAGCUCCGGCCAGGGGAGCACGUGUGAAGCGGGGCCGAGCGGAGGCGGCCCCGGGAUUUGGCACGUUCGCAAGGAGCACUCGAGAGCCCCGGGAUGGACGCGGAGGGCCCCGGGCGGUGACGUAAGGACUCGCACGGGCUCGGCUCGACUCGCCAGUCGGCCCCCAUGUCCCCGGGGCCAGCGGCGGCCCCGGCGGAGGGAGGCAGGGCGACGGCAGAGCUAGCAUGGACCAGCAACAGGGGCCACCAGAGCGAAGGCCUGCAGGACCUGCCACGCACCCACAGCCCAAGGAGGGGACACUGUGGGGGUUCUUUGCCAUCCUGUCACUGCUGGCUGGGCUGGCCACAGGCACCCUGCGAACACCACACUGCAACGAGACGCUGGACGCAGCCCCCACGCCGCGGGGCAUGGCCACUGCCAGCCUGUCUGUGGAGGAUGGUGCGGAGGCACCACUUGCUGCUGCCUGGAGCCAGCUGUACGGGGACAACGUGACAACAGGUAGCCCAGGCACCGCAGAGCUGACGGAGGACCUGCUGCUGCGUGCUGAGCGCUCACCACCAGGCAUCAGCAAAAAGGGGGCAAAAAGGAAAUCCUCACGGGGCACCCGUGGGCGCAACUGCCACAUCCGCAACCUGAUGGUGAAGGUGCGGGACCUGGGCCUGGGCUUCAACUCGGACGAGAUCGUGCUCUUCAAGUACUGCAGCGGGUCCUGCCACCGGGCACGCAGCAACUACGACCUGACGCUGGGCAGCCUGCUGCGGCAGCAGCUCAUCACCCCGGGACCGCAGGAGCGGGUCCUCAGCCACCCCUGCUGCCGACCCACCCGCUAUGAGGCUGUCUCCUUCAUGGAUGUGGAGAACACGUGGCAGACAGUGGAGAAGCUCUCAGCAGCUGAGUGCAGCUGUAUUGGCUGAGGAGGGGCCCGCUGACUUGGCCCCAGCUCGACACAGCCGACAGACUUCAGCUUGCCACAUGCAGUGGCACUGUUGCUCGGAACAAGGGUCUGGCAGAGGCUGGUGCCUCUGUUAUUAUGUGGCCACAAAGAACCGAGGUGAGAUGGAGUCAUGACUGGGGGUGUGGGUGGCCAAGCCCGCUCCUGCUCAGUGCCAAGCAGCUGGUGCCACCGGUACAUGGGCUCCUGCCCAGGUGCCCUGGCUCAGCCCUGAGAGACAAGCUGAAGAGAGUAUGGACCAUCCCCACCACUCCCAAGGGUCUGUCAGCCCAGUGUCCAUCAGCAGCACUCCUGCGCCUGUGCUCCAGGGGCCAAUCAUCACCCAAGCUUCAGAGGGGGCAAGACCUCCCUGUCCCCCCGAAGAUCCUGGGGUCAAUGGUGCAGGGAAGGGGUGUCCCUGAGCGUAGGGAUGCAGUGGGGCCAAUUUGCACCAGUGUGGAAUGGGGUGCCUCACUCGGACCAGCAACAGCCCCUAGUAUUCUGCAGGGUGUUCGGUCAUAGACAGCCACUGGGACCCCCACCCCUGCCUGGUUCCCAGGGUAGUGGCAGGGUCCUCCCGCUGCUCCAUGGUGCUGUGGCACUAAACUAUUUAUUACUCUAAAUUAUUUAUUUAUUGUUCUCGAGCGGCAGCUCCUAUUUAUGACUUUGGGCCCCCGGGGGCCGGGUGUAAUUUAACCCCAGCGCUGCACUAAAGCCCUGGGCAGCGCCCCGUGCACCCCGCACCCUUUUUCUAUUAUUUGUAAAAUUUGAGGGAUAAACUCUAUUUUUGUACAGUCGCCUUUUCCUGUAGCAAUAAAGCGAUGGGCUGCGCGUCCAACC